UGCGCCGGAAGCUGCCCGACUACGGAGAGCCGUGGGCUCCGGCCGAGUGCCUUCCCUCCGGGUGCCGGCCGGUUCGCCCGGCGCAGCUGCCACGGCGCGGGGCUCGCCUUCUCUCCGCGCCCUCCCCCUCAGCCCCCCUCCCGCGUCGGGCGUGGCUGAGGCGCACAGCAGUGUCCGAGGGCGGCCGCUCCCGCGGGUGCCUGCAGGUUGUGGUGCGGGCUGCGGAAGUGGCGGGAGCUUGUCCUUUGCUGCAGGAGCGAUGGCUGCGGGGAAGCCCCAGUUCCUGCCGGGCCCCGGGGGACCGCGCGAGCCGUGGCGGCUGCCUGCCGAGGGACGCUCCGCGCCUGGCCGCUACCUGAGGUAAAUUUUUCCAUAACCUUAUGGAGAAAAAGGACUUUGAAGCAUGGCUUGAUAACAUUUCUAUUACAUUUCUUUCUCUGACGGACUUGCAGAAAAAUGAAACUCUGGAUCACCUGAUUAGCUUGAGUGGAGCAGUCCAGCUCAGGCACCUCUCCAAUAAUCUAGAGAUUCUUCUCAAGAGGGACUUCCUCAAACUUCUUCCAUUGGAACUGAGUUUUUAUCUGUUAAAAUGGCUUGAUCCUCAGACCUUACUCACAUGUUGCCUCGUCUCUAAGCAAUGGAAUAAGGUUAUAAGUGCCUGUACAGAGGUCUGGCAGACUGCAUGUAAGAAUUUGGGUUGGCAAAUAGAUGACUCUGUUCAGGAUCCUCUACACUGGAAGAAGGUUUACCUAAAGGCUAUUUCAAGGAUGAAGCAACUGAAGGACCAUGAAGCCUUUGAGACAUCCUCUUUAAUUGGACACAGUGCCAGAGUAUAUGCACUUUACUAUAAAGAUGGUCUUCUGUGCACAGGAUCAGAUGACUUGUCUGCAAAACUGUGGGAUGUAAGCACAGGUCAGUGCAUCUAUGGUAUCCAGACACACACUUGUGCUACAGUGAAGUUUGAUGAACAAAAGCUUGUAACAGGAUCUUUUGAUAACACAGUAGCCUGUUGGGAGUGGAGCUCUGGGGCAAAGACACAGCAUUUCAGAGGACACACUGGUGCAGUUUUUAGUGUGGAUUACAAUGAUGAACUUGACAUUCUGGUCAGUGGUUCUGCAGACUUCAGUGUGAAAGUGUGGGCCUUAUCAACAGGAACAUGCCUGAAUACCCUUACUGGACACACGGAAUGGGUCACUAAGGUAGUUUUGCAGAAGUGUAAAGUCAAAUCUCUUAUGCAUAGUCCCGGGGAUUAUAUUCUUCUAAGUGCAGAUAAGUAUGAAAUCAAGAUUUGGCCUAUUGGAAGGGAAAUAAACUGCAAAUGUUUGAAAACACUGUCUGUUUCUGAAGAUCGCAGCAUAUCCCUGCAGCCCAGGCUGCACUUCGAUGGUAAAUACAUAGUGUGCAGUUCAGCACUAGGAUUAUACCAGUGGGACUUUGCCAGCUAUGAUAUUCUCAGGGUUAUCAAGCCUCCUGACUUCUCAAACGUGUCCUUGCUGGGCUUUGGAGAGAUAUUUGCUCUACUAUUUGAUAACAGAUACCUGUAUAUAAUGGACUUGAGGACAGAAGAAUUGAUAAGCCGCUGGCCUUUACCAGAGUACAGAAAAUCAAAGAGAGGUUCAAGUUUUUUAGCUGGUGAAAUAUCUUGGUUAAAUGGACUAAAUGGCCAAAAUGAUAUGGGCUUGGUUUUUGCCACCAGUAUGCCAGACCACAGUAUCCAUUUGGUGUUAUGGAAAGAACAUGGCUGAAAAGAUCACGUAUGCAGAAUCUUCAGGACUAUCAGCAGUGUGUCCAUAAAAUGAAACUUUGCAUGAACCAAAGUUGCACACCUAGUGGUAUCAUCAUGCAGUGCACAAUCAUUUACUUUUAUUUGGGCAUUUGGGAAUGAGUUGUUUUUGACAUAAUGCAACACAGCAUGCUAACAGUAUUUGCCACUAAAUUUUUCUUUUAUUCAUGUUUAAGCAUACCUUUUGAGCUCUGAAGCAUAGCUUGUAAUGUUUAAACCAUUCAAAUCCACCAUUAAGUCUAAAAUGAAAUAAUGCUUGUACCUGACUUCUGCCCUGUUUUUUUUUUUUUUUUUUUGCUGUUGGAACAGAAGGUGAAGCUACUAUUUUAGAAUAGACUUUUGUGUUGUUUUUUUUUUUAUAUGUAUCAGCAAAUACUGGUUACAGUGCAUGGCUGCUUUUUUAAAUUGAAUGAGAACAUAGACCCUUUCUCUCCCUAGAAUUGAUUUUUGUCAAAAUGUUUUUUCCUUGAGAUAGCUUUAAGCACUUAAUCUUUGAAAUUGAGGAAUCAACGCAGUCCUUUAACUAGGAUCAGAUGCUAACAAUAAUAAUUUGUUUAAGCUCAGGAAUAUGUCGAUAUGAGCUUUCCUCAGACAGAAUGAACCAACUUUUCAUCUAUCUGAUAGAGCUUGCCACAGCAAUUAACCUUAGAGAACAUCUGACAGUAUUAUCGUAUUUAUUGGUGGUUAUCUCACUCAGAAUGAUUUGAUCAGUAUUUUAUAGUUCACGUUUCCUAUGGUUUGUGUGGGAAUGUAAUUUAGUUCACAGACAGAUAGAAAUAAAAUGAAUCAGAAGAUGACGUUCAAUCCCUACACCAAGAAUCACACUUACAUUAAGUGAUGUCUAGCAGCCAUACACUUUUCCCAGAAAAAGUUGAAGUUAUAAUUACGCACUUAAAGUAGUUGCUGCAUCUAGAUUUAGAAAGCAGGGGCAUAUGUGAACGGUACAUCUCUGAAAAGAAAAAAAAAGUCAAAAUUUUGAAGGAAAAAAAAAGGCAUAGGAGUGAAAAAAACAUCUAUUUUAAUCAGCUGUAAGAGACCUGAUGAACAGAUGAGUUAACUAUCGAGUAGCAAUACUCUACAUAUUUUUGUGCUGUAUGACUUGUACUUAAAAGCUGUAUCAAUGACAUCGCAACUCCUGUGCUUUAGAAAUACUUUGAGGUGGUUUCUUUUGUUCGUUUAUUUUGUUUUUGUUUUCCUUACAAUAAAAUCUCCCCUUAAUGUCUAUUUUUA